AUGGCACAAGCAGUAUUCUCAGAUCGACCAGCACUGCGGACGGGUGUUGAUUAUCGACUUUAUGCCUCGAAAAGAAGUAUCCGAAAGGUCGCUGCACAGGAGAUUUACGACCUCCAAGACCUGCGUAAAGUCUACACCAAUCCAGAGCGGAACGGCGAGGCUGUCCUUCGAGUCUUCCACGUCCAGAACGCGGACUGGGCUGCGAGAUAUCUGCUACGGAAAUUCAACAUCGACAAUCGCGAUGACCUGGUUGGUACAGACUUUGGGCGAUAUGUCAGACACCGACGGCCAGAACGACGGGGUGGGAAGCCAUUCCUGAGCGGCAAAACGUGGAAAGUUCAGUACGAUCCGUGGCGAGGGAUCAGUAAGACUUCGUUCUCAGUUGAUUACCUUAAACAAUAUAAUGUUCCGGAUCCGAUGAAUCGGUGUGAAGAUGAUGGCUUCAAAAUGAUGGAACUGAAUUGCUUUGAUGAACAAGAUCAUCCGGUUCAUGGCUUUGAUGUCUACGUUCAGCGGCUGAGCUGUUACAUCCAGCAUAAACAGACCGCUGCUGAGCCUCCCCCAACCGAUCCGGACAUCACAAACCCCUAUCUGCCCGAUGCGCAGAUUGACGGCGUUUACGGCAAGACGCCAAAGGAAUAUAUCCCACGCCUCAACACCCUCGAUAACGGGAACGCGAUCCUCAUCUUCGAUAACUCGCACUCCGGCACCCUGGACCACACUUUGAUUCCUCCCCGUCAGACGUGGGAGGACCGGUGGCGUCGGCUGCCGUUCUUCUUGGCCUUUGAAUCUCGCGAUUUGGUUGCCACGGAUGACGAUCUGGCGUACCACUGCACUCGAGUUAUCAUGGAAGAUAUAUUCAAAGUGCUGUCUGGGACGUGGGAUACAUUACUAGACCUUGCGUAUGACCAUGUGAGUAUCCUGGAGGAUAAGAUUUACGAGCAACCUGCGGAUGAAACAAGGGCACCUGAACUGUGGACCAAUUCGAAUCUGUGGUUGAAAAUGGAAAAGUUGAUGUUUUUGCAUCUUGAUAUUAUCAAAGAGCUGAAGACGCGGCUGCGGGAUCUGACUGACGACAUGGAAAGGGACGAUCCGUGGCUAGAGGGUGCUCCGGGAGAUUUUGAACGGCUCGGCAAUCUUAUCACUGAGGAUUUGAUCAAGCCGACGAAAAACCUGAUAUCCUUGCUUUAUCAAUCUGUCUCCAUUCGUGACAGUAGGCAGAAUAUUCGGUUGAGUGUCAGCAGCAUGAAUGUCGACACCUUUAGUGGUGAUCCCAGUAUCAAGUGGUACUUUAUAGCUUCAGUGCCGUUCAUGCUUGGUGUCAUGAUUGUAUGGUACUUCUGGAAACAUGCGCUCACCUCUCAACAAAACACACCAUAUCGCCGUGGCCUAUAUGAGAACUUUUUCAAUGACUUAGCCAAUGCUAAUCCUAGCCUAUGGUCUCAAACUGGGCCUCGUAACUACAUCAUACCUCAAGGACGACUUGCAAAAAUAAAAUGGUAUCUUAUCAAACGCUGGAGUGCUCCCGAGAAGACCAUCAGGGCCGGUACAGCCUCACAGGAAGAUGAUCUUGGCGUGAUGGCUAGAUUAAAGCGACGCCUCAUAUGGCGCUGGACUUCGCAAAUUGCGCGGGCUGAAGGUGUUGAUCAAGCUUCACUUCGGCUUGAAAGCGGCGAGGCAGCGUUGGAGGACAUUGCCAGCGAUACGCAGUCCGUGGUUGUAGAUGGCCUAGCGAAUGCUACUGAGCUGCUAGCUAUACCUGCGGCCCCAGCGGUUGAACGCGUAUUUGAGGAAGAUCGGAAACAGCUACAAGUGCCAGCGGUGGAGGAGCGUCCCAGCGACGAACAUCGACGACUUGGCAGGCUUUCAUUCCACAGCCAUAGCCGAGGAUCUAGCGCAGGUAAAAAUAGCGGCAUUCUAGUAGAGGAGGAAGAUUGGCAGUGGCUGAGCCAGCUAGGGAGGGAAGGGAAAGAAUGGGCAUUGAGAUCCGCGAGCUCAAGAGAGAGGAGUGCUCAGAGAAAAGCAGCCAAAGAGGAUGCAGAGAGGGCAAAGGAUUCUGAUACGUCGGCGACUGUUAGCAAAGACGAUAAACCACUGCCGGAGAAUCAGACAGAGAGGCCACAGAGUUCAAGCAACAUGCUUGGGGUCCCUCGGGUCGUUCAGCCACCUGAAAAUGAUACCCAGUGA